AUGACAGCUCAAGUAGUGGGAGACAAAGCUGUUUCCGUACUAAACUCCACAAACGGCUUCCUCAGUCAAGGCCUGGACCUCAGAGACGGCCCGGGCGCCGUGGAAACGGCGGCGGGCAGCAGCUGCGAUGAGGACAGCGGCAACGGCGCCCGCCGCAAACGGGAGCUGCUCUCCGGCGAGAAAAAAGACGAGGACUACUGGGACAAGAGGAGGAAAAACAACGAGGCGGCCAAGCGGUCCAGAGAAAAGAGGCGGGCGAACGACCUGGAGCUGGAGACCCGGGUCCUGGGUCUGCUGGAGGAGAACGCCCGCCUCAGGGCCGAGCUGUUGGCCCUCAAGUUUCGCUUUGGAUUGGUCAAAGACCCGUCUGAUGCUCCCAUCCUGCCCCUGUCUGACCCAGCCUGUGCCCAGACCAGACCUGAUCUGACCCAUUAUUACAACGGUCCCACAGACGGCCACUCACGAUUCGGCUCCUGCAGGAUCCAGGCUCCCGGUCUGGAUCAGGGCAGUGGACUGAGGACAGCCGGGCCUACCUGGGGUGCAUCUGACAGCCGUGUGUAUUUUGACGCCAGGUCGGAUGGGAUGGGCCCGUCCGGCCCAGCAGAGCAGACCUGCGGGUCCCACGCUCCACGCGUGGAAAACCACACUCAAGAUUCAGCCGAGAGUUUGAAGAGCCUCCCGCACAAGCUCCGCUUCAAAGGCCCGGCCGGGAGCGGCGAUGGACGGGAAACGUCCCCGUCUCCUGACGCCCGGCGCUGUGGCCCUCCCGUUGCCAUGGUGGGACCCAACAUGCAGUCAGUGGGACGGGACAGACAGGAAAAUGACGACGGCCAAAGAAAGCUGCACGAGGCUUCAACUUUUGGGUGUCACAACUGCUCAUUUCCACAGAAUUCAGACGACAAACGCUCUGCGGAGGACACAAAUCUGGGGUCUCAGAUCAGAUGUUUGUCCCAGGAAGUGGCUCAACUCAAGAGGCUCUUUUCCAAUCAGCUGCAUUCUAAGAUCUCCUAA